AACACGACGAGUCUGUAAGACUAUCAAAUCACAUUUACAAGCACUAAGCGAUGAGAGUAUACCAUUAGAAUUAGCAAUGAAACCAUUUGUGGCAUUCGAUGAAGGGCAAACUGCAAUAAUUGAAUUAACUUCAACACAAAAUAUGAUCACUUCAUUAAUCACUGAUGAUGGUGAUCAAUCACAGACUAAGGCAAUUAAAGAAUUGAAAACAUAUAUCGAACAAUAUGAACAAACAUUAAUAGAAUUAGAAACUAAUGAAGAUAAAUACGAGACAUAUGAUUUAAGUACCAAAAUUAUAAAAUUAAAAGAGAUUAUAACUAGAUAUGAAAUGUAUGAAGAAAUAGAAGAAUUUCGUAUAUUAAUUAUUCGGCUUAGAACUGUCGUCGAAAAUCUUGAGAAAUUAGAAAUAAACAAAAAUAAAAUGGCCAUUAAGAAUAAAUUAAAAGAUGCUGAUGAUACAAUAUGUUAUUACGAAGACUGGUUAUUAACGACUGAAAAUGGUGACCCAAAAUAUGUGGAUAAUAUCGAAGAUGAUAUUAUUAAACUAAAAAAUAAACUCCAUCAAUUGAAAACUUAUGAAGAAAAUGUUGAAUAUGAGACACGUAUUUUAAAACUUCAAUAUAUAAUUGAAAAGCUUGAAAUGAUUAAAGAUAACUUCACAAAAUUGAAUCAAAAGGACACAAAAUACAAUGUUGAAAGCACGAUUAUAUCAACUGAAUUAUCUUGCAUGAAUUCACCUAAGGAUUUACAUAAUACUAGUGUAGAAAGCAUGAUGAUUCCAAAAUUAAAUCACCCAAAAAUAGGAUCGCAGUCUCGUGAAAAAGAUUAUGUAACCUCCCCGAGUGUAAUAAAAAAUAUUGAAAGAGAGAAUGAGAUAAACCCAAUUAAUAUGCUAAAAGACAGUGAAGUUUUGAGAAGUCCAAAGUUAGUGAGAAAAAUAAACCAAGCACUACGUGAUGAGCAUAACAUUAACAAAACUGAAAUUAAUGUUGAUAGCAAAAAAAUUGUAGGCUCUCUAGAACAGACUGAAUUAGACACAAGUAAUCGUUUUGAAAUUGAAAAAAAAAUAGAGAAAAAUAAAUCAAUAGAUGUCAACACACAAUUUCAAUCUGAAAAAGCAGACUCGCCAGAAAAAAAAGAAGACAAAAAAUCGAAAGGGUUUCUUCGUUUUAAAAUUCCAAAUGUGUUUAUGAAAAAAUCAAAACAAGGUGAGAUUGAUACUGAAAGUAUUUUAAGCAAUCCACAAGAACAAAGUGUAGACAUUGAAAAUGAUAAUGUCAAACUAUUAAUGUAUAAAAGGAUGAGUAGUAUAAGUAAUGAUACCAAUAUUCAACAACAAAAUGAAAACCAACUGAAUACUGAAAAAGAUACGAUUGAUCGAAAAGCAAAAGACUUCUACUAUACAAACGAAGAGAAUAGUACUGCUCUGACAAGUAUCAAUGAUAAAGUGGCACAGAUAAUUGAACAAAAUAAAUUAAAAUAUCCAUCUGAUAAAACAAUUCAACAAGUUCAAAUAUUAAAAAAUCCUGAUUUGCCAGUUACAACUGAUAUACAAAUUAUAAAGAGUGAUCCCACAGUAAUAAUUAACUCCCGCAGGACAAUAAGACGCAUAAUGAUAAUUGAUGGAAAUGAAAUUAAAGUAGAAGAUAUAAUUGAUGAACCUGUGCCUGGUGAAUCGGUUAAGAGUAUUUUGAGAAAAAUAACAAAAGACGGUAAAGAGGAACUUGAAAAUAUUAAUGAUCCUGAAGAAAUAGAAAAUAUAUUACGGAUGUCUAGAACCAAUGAUAACGUACAGAAUACAUGUGUAACAAUCACAAAAACACGUAAAACAAUUCUACGUAGUAUUAUUGUUGAUGGAAAAGAGUCGGUCGUUGAAGAAGAAAUUGAUGGACCUGUCGUUAAUGAAAAUACUGAAACAUUAAUAAGAAAAAAAUUACAGGAUGGCAAUGAAAUAGUUGAGGUGGUGAAUAAUCCGGGUGAAAUAAAAAAACCCAUUGCUUUCCAAGAAACAAAAAACGAUUCUAUUUAUAACCGCGAAGUAACAACAAUGACUAAAAUAAAAAAAAUAUUAAAGCGUAAAAUACUUGUAGACGGAAAAGAGACGGUUGUCGAAGAAGAGUUUGACGAGACAGAGAAUCAAGAAAUUUCAAAUAAGGAUGUAGAAAAAGUAAUAAACGACGGGAUAGAUAUUGAACCUAUAGAAGAUAGUUUUGAAAUAAUUCCAGCGGUAGAUUUUGAAGGAAAUUAUCAACCAACGUCAUUCAACAGUUAUUUGAAUCGCUACCAAACACAGGACGGUAACUGGCAAAUAAACGACCAAGAACCUGUAGGAAAUAUGGAUUUAAAUAAAUCUUCAAAAGAGAUUGAACACUCGCCAUCUUUCUUGAGUAAACUUAUGCGCAAAGGUUUUAAAAAAUCGACAACCAAAAAUAAUAAAAAAUCUAGAGAUAAUAGUAAUAUUGAAAAUUCAGAGAUAGACAAUAAAAUAAAAUCAGGUUUAAAUCUUUUCCUUGAAAAAGAACGGGAAAACAAUACAUCGCAACAUUCGUUCGAAAUAAAUGAGCCGCCAGAUGAUCUGCCUACUACCGAGGUCAUUGAUAUUUCACAAACCGUUGAUAAUACAGAAAAAGAAAUCGAUAAUGCCAACUUUUCCGACAAAAAUAAUACAGAAAAAACUGAAAUGGUCACUAAAUCAGACCCCAAGGGAUCAGCAGAUAUCGAAUUCGACAUAAAGGAAAAGAUUUCCGUUGAAAUUCCAUCGGUUUCCGUACCAAGUGUUGAUAUUAAAACUUCAUCGAUUCCUCAACUGGAGGGUCUUGUCCAAGACAAUGGCACCGAAUUACCAUCGGCCAGUGAAGUUGGAAUCAAAACAACCGAUGUUUCCAUCGAAAAUAUUCCGGAUCCGGACAUCGAUGAACGAAUACUAACCCAAGAGUCAGAAUAUGUUGAUAAAGUAGAAUCAAAUCAAUUGGUAAGUCCAAUCACAAAUUCUCCAUCAUUUUUAAGUAAAUUGCGAAAAGGUCUGAAAAUGACUACAUCCAAGACGAGCAAAAAAUUAAAAGACAAGGGUGAUACCGAAACCUUAGAAUCAGACGAUACAACGAAAUCUUUAUUGAACGAUUUUAUUGAAAAAGAACGGGAGAGCACCGUUGUACAUUAUUUACCAGCAACUGAUAAUAAUUCUGGAAUCGACGUUUUUGGAUACGAAGAAAAUUCAAAAACACCAAUUAAAGAACCAAAAUCUGUUGUGCCGCAAAAUAAUGACAAAUCCGAUGGUACCGAAAUAUUUAAGCCUUUAACACCUGAAAUGCUGAUCAAUCAAACGGGUACGGUCUCCACGUGGAAAUCACGAAAGGUUGUUAGACGCAUCAUUAUCAUCGAUGGAAAAGAAAUUGAGGUAGAAGAGAUAAUUGAUGAGCCUGAAAAUGGUGCACCGGUUAAAAGUAUUUUGAGAAAAACAAUCAGGAACGGCGAGGAAGUAAUUGAAAAUAUUACCGAUCCAGAGGAAAUUGAUAAGAUCUUACGGUUGUCUGUACUCAACGAUAACGUAAAGAAUACUAGUGAAAGUGUAACAACUACAAGAACGCGUAGAAUCAUUAGGCGAACAAUUAUUGUCGACGGAAAAGAGUCUGUAGUAGAAGAGGAAAUUGACGAGCCCGGUACUGAUAAAAUAACAGAUAGGGUUGUUCUUAAAUCGUUCAAUGACGGACUAGAUGCAAUAGGUCAGUUAGAAAAUCUCGAUAACGUCCAAAAAUCGUUUAUUGUGCAAACAUCUAACAGCGAAGUAGUAAAUGAGCCCAGUUUAAUAACAAAAACUAUUACCAGGAGAGUUGUAAGGCGUAUAAUAGUGGUGGAUGGAAAAGAAAAGGUUGUAGAGGAGGUAGUAGACGGACCGGAAAACCUUGGUUUUACUGAAUCAUUGCAGGGUGAAAUUAAAAAAGAUGGCAACGAAAGUUACGAAAUUAUUACAUAUCCCCGUGAUACGAGUACAAACAGGAAUUCUGAAUUUAUAAACGAAACUCAAACCGAUAACAUAAUUACGACAGUAACAACACGGAGAAUAAUACGACGAGUAAUUAUUGUCGACGGUAAAGAGACAUUUGUAGAGGAAGAAGUUAAUGAACCUGAUGCGUGUGAUAUUACGGAUAUGAGUCAAGUACAAAAAGAUAACGGGAAAACAGUUGAAAUAUUUGAAAAGCCAUUAGACAUAGACAACAUAGAAAAUGAUAAAACCCAAACAGUAACGACCCGUACGAUUAAAAGGAUACGAAAAAUAAUAAAGCGCAUAAAAACAGUAGACGGAAAAGAAAAAGUAGUAGAGGAAAUUGUAGAUGAACCGGUAGACGAUAACACAAUAGACGAAUUACACGAAGUGAAAGACUCCGGUGAUUUCCGACAAGGUAAAACUGCAGGUUUCAAUAUAAAUAUCGAUGGCAAAAAACUGUCUCCAUCGGUAACAUCCGACAUCGAUUAUAAAAAUGAUAUCAAACGAACAGACAUACAGGUACCAGACAUCAAAUUUAAAAAAGAAGCGACCAAUAUUGACUAUGACAUAAAAGAUAAUACAGCUGUCGAAAAGUCGGUUGCGACACCUAGUGUCGAAAUUGAAAUGCCAACGGUACCCAAGGUUGAAGGAGAAAUAAAAGUCAAAAACACAGAUUUACCAUCCGUCAAAAUUCCGGGGGUGAAAACGCCAAAACUGGACGUCGGAAAACCUACUGCAGGAAUUAAAAAACCAGAUAUUCCUAAAUUAGGCAUAACGACAGACGUCAAAACUCCAGAGUUAAAGAUUAAAAAAGGAAAAGCACCCAAGGGAUCUGUUGAUAUUGAAUUCGACAUAAAGGAAACGGUUUCCGUACCGAGUGUUGAUAUCAAAACUCCAUCGGUUCCUAAACUGGAGGGUCACGUCCAAGACAAAGACACCGAUUUAACAUCUGUCAGUGUACCGGAGGUUAAAACACCAAAGCUUGAUGUCGAAAUUCCUAAAACUGAUGUCAAGACAACAAAAUUCGAUUUAUCGGAUAUUAAGAUACCAGGAUUUAAAAGUAAAAAAGAUAAAAAAUCAAAACAAACUCCCGAUUUCGAUAUUAAAGUCGAAGAUAAGAUUUCUGUUGACAUUCCAUCUGUAUCUAUACCUAGUGUUGAUACCGAAAUGCCAUCGAAACCUAAAGUUGAAAGAGAAAUAAAAGUCAAGGACAUAGAUGUACCAGCAAUCACAGUUCCGGAGGUUAAAUCAAGAACUCUUGAUGUUGGAAAACCUACUGCGGGAAUCAAAACACCAGAAAUUCCUAAAAUUGGAAAAACAACAGACAUAAAAACACCCGAAUUGAAGAUUAAAAAAGGAAAAGCACCCAAGGGAUCUGCUGGUAUCGAAUUCGACAUAAAGGAAAAGGUUUCCGUUGAAAUUCCAUCGGUUUCCGUGCCGAGUGUUGAUAUCAAAAUUCCAUCGGUUCCUAAAAAGGAGGGUCACGUCCAAGUCAAAGACACCGAUUUAACAUCUGUCAGUGUACCGGAGGUUAAAACACCAAAGCUUGAUGUCAAAAUUCCUAAAACUGAUGUCAAGACAACAAAAUUCGAUUUAUCGGAUAUUAAGAUACCAGGAUUUAAAAGUAAAAAAGAUAAAAAAUCAAAACAAACUCCAGAUUUCGAUAUUAAAGUCGAAGAUAAGAUUUCUGUUGACAUUCCAUCUGUAUCUAUACCUAGUGUUGAUACCGAAACGCCAUCGAAACCUAAAGUUGAAGGAGAAAUAAAAGUCAAGGAUAUAGAUGUACCAGCAAUCAAUGUUCCGGAGGUUAAAUCAAGAACUCUUGAUGUUGGAAAACCUACUGCGGGAAUGAAAACACCAGAAAUUCCUAAAAUUGGAAAAUCAACAGACAUAAAAACACCCGAAUUGAAGAUUAAAAAAGGAAAAGCACCCAAGGGAUCUGCUGGUAUAGAAUUCGACAUAAAGGAAAAGGUUUCCGUUGAAAUUCCAUCGGUUUCCGUGCCGAGUGUUGAUAUCAAAAUUCCAUCGGUUCCUAAAAAGGAGGGUCACGUCCAAGUCAAAGACACCGAUUUAACAUCUGUCAGUGUACCGGAGGUUAAAACACCAAAGCUUGAUGUCAAAAUUCCUAAAACUGAUGUCAAGACAACAAAAUUCGAUUUAUCGGAUAUUAAGAUACCAGGAUUUAAAGGAAAAAAAGAUAAAAAAUCAAAACAAACUCCCGAUUUCGAUAUUAAAGUCGAAGAUAAGAUUUCGGUUGACAUUCCAUCUGUAUCUAUACCUAGUGUUGACAUUGAAAUGCCAUCGAAACCUAAUGUUGAAGGAGAAAUAAAUGUCAAGGACAUAGAUGUACCAGCAAUCAAUGUCCCAGAGUUGAAAGCACCAAAACUUGAUGUUGAAAAACCUACCACAGGAAUUAAAAAACCCGAAAUUUCUAAAUUUGGCAUUACAACAGACGCCAAAACUCCCGAGUUAAAGAUCAAAAAAGGAAAAGCACCCAAAGGAUCUGCUGAUAUUGAAUUCGAUAUAAAGGAAACGGUUUCCGUACCAAGUGUUGAUAUUAAAACUUCAUCGAUUCCUCAACUGGAGGGUCUUGUCCAAGACAAAGGCACCGAAUUACCAUCGGCCAGUGAAGUUGGAAUCAAAACAACCGAUGUUUCCAUCGAAAAUAUUCCGGAUCCGGACAUCGAUGAACGAAUACUAACCCAAGAGUCAGAAUAUGUUGAUAAAGUAGAAUCAAAUCAAUUGGUAAGUCCAAUCACAAAUUCUCCAUCAUUUUUAAGUAAAUUGCGAAAAGGUCUGAAAAUGACUACAUCCAAGACGAGCAAAAAAUUAAAAGACAAGGGUGAUACCGAAACCUUAGAAUCAGACGAUACAACGAAAUCUUUAUUGAACGAUUUUAUUGAAAAAGAACGGGAGAGCACCGUUGUACAUUAUUUACCAGCAACUGAUAAUAAUUCUGGAAUCGACGUUUUUGGAUACGAAGAAAAUUCAAAAACACCAAUUAAAGAACCAAAAUCUGUUGUGCCGCAAAAUAAUGACAAAUCCGAUGGUACCGAAAUAUUUAAGCCUUUAACACCUGAAAUGCUGAUCAAUCAAACGGGUACGGUCUCCACGUGGAAAUCACGAAAGGUUGUUAGACGCAUCAUUAUCAUCGAUGGAAAAGAGAUUGAGGUAGAAGAGAUAAUUGAUGAGCCUGAAAAUGGUGCACCGGUUAAAAGUAUUUUGAGAAAAACAAUCAGGAACGGCGAGGAAGUAAUUGAAAAUAUUACCGAUCCAGAGGAAAUUGAUAAGAUCUUACGGUUGUCUGUACUCAACGAUAACGUAAAGAAUACUAGUGAAAGUGUAACAACUACAAGAACGCGUAGAAUCAUUAGGCGAACAAUUAUUGUCGACGGAAAAGAGUCUGUAGUAGAAGAGGAAAUUGACGAGCCCGGUACUGAUAAAAUAACAGAUAGGGUUGUUCUUAAAUCGUUCAAUGACGGACUAGAUGCAAUAGGUCAGUUAGAAAAUCUCGAUAACGUCCAAAAAUCGUUUAUUGUGCAAACAUCUAACAGCGAAGUAGUAAAUGAGCCCAGUUUAAUAACAAAAACUAUUACCAGGAGAGUUGUAAGGCGUAUAAUAGUGGUGGAUGGAAAAGAAAAGGUUGUAGAGGAGGUAGUAGACGGACCGGAAAACCUUGGUUUUACUGAAUCAUUGCAGGGUGAAAUUAAAAAAGAUGGCAACGAAAGUUACGAAAUUACUACAUAUCCCCGUGAUACGAGUACAAACAGGAAUUCUGAAUUUAUAAACGAAACUCAAACCGAUAACAUAAUUACGACAGUAACAACACGGAGAAUAAUACGACGAGUAAUUAUUGUCGACGGUAAAGAGACAUUUGUAGAGGAAGAAGUUAAUGAACCUGAUGCGUGUGAUAUUACGGAUAUGAGUCAAGUACAAAAAGAUAACGGGAAAACAGUUGAAAUAUUUGAAAAGCCAUUAGACAUAGACAACAUAGAAAAUGAUAAAACCCAAACAGUAACGACCCGUACGAUUAAAAGGAUACGAAAAAUAAUAAAGCGCAUAAAAACAGUAGACGGAAAAGAAAAAGUAGUAGAGGAAAUUGUAGAUGAACCGGUAGACGAUAACACAAUAGACGAAUUACACGAAGUGAAAGACUCCGGUGAUUUCCGACAAGGUAAAACUGCAGGUUUCAAUAUAAAUAUCGAUGGCAAAAAACUGUCUCCAUCGGUAACAUCCGACAUCGAUUAUAAAAAUGAUAUCAAACGAACAGACAUACAGGUACCAGACAUCAAAUUUAAAAAAGAAGCGACCAAUAUUGACUAUGACAUAAAAGAUAAUACAGCUGUCGAAAAGUCGGUUGCGACACCUAGUGUCGAAAUUGAAAUGCCAACGGUACCCAAGGUUGAAGGAGAAAUAAAAGUCAAAAACACAGAUUUACCAUCCAUCAAAAUUCCGGGGGUGAAAACGCCAAAACUGGACGUCGGAAAACCUACUGCAGGAAUUAAAAAACCAGAUAUUCCUAAAUUAGGCAUAACGACAGACGUCAAAACUCCAGAGUUAAAGAUUAAAAAAGGAAAAGCACCCAAGGGAUCUGUUGAUAUUGAAUUCGACAUAAAGGAAACGGUUUCCGUACCGAGUGUUGAUAUCAAAACUCCAUCGGUUCCUAAACUGGAGGGUCACGUCCAAGACAAAGACACCGAUUUAACAUCUGUCAGUGUACCGGAGGUUAAAACACCAAAGCUUGAUGUCGAAAUUCCUAAAACUGAUGUCAAGACAACAAAAUUCGAUUUAUCGGAUAUUAAGAUACCAGGAUUUAAAAGUAAAAAAGAUAAAAAAUCAAAACAAACUCCCGAUUUCGAUAUUAAAGUCGAAGAUAAGAUUUCUGUUGACAUUCCAUCUGUAUCUAUACCUAGUGUUGAUACCGAAAUGCCAUCGAAACCUAAAGUUGAAAGAGAAAUAAAAGUCAAGGACAUAGAUGUACCAGCAAUCACAGUUCCGGAGGUUAAAUCAAGAACUCUUGAUGUUGGAAAACCUACUGCGGGAAUCAAAACACCAGAAAUUCCUAAAAUUGGAAAAACAACAGACAUAAAAACACCCGAAUUGAAGAUUAAAAAAGGAAAAGCACCCAAGGGAUCUGCUGGUAUCGAAUUCGACAUAAAGGAAAAGGUUUCCGUUGAAAUUCCAUCGGUUUCCGUGCCGAGUGUUGAUAUCAAAAUUCCAUCGGUUCCUAAACUGGAGGGUCACGUCCAAGUCAAAGACACCGAUUUAACAUCUGUCAGUGUACCGGAGGUUAAAACACCAAAGCUUGAUGUCAAAAUUCCUAAAACUGAUGUCAAGACAACAAAAUUCGAUUUAUCGGAUAUUAAGAUACCAGGAUUUAAAAGUAAAAAAGAUAAAAAAUCAAAACAAACUCCAGAUUUCGAUAUUAAAGUCGAAGAUAAGAUUUCUGUUGACAUUCCAUCUGUAUCUAUACCUAGUGUUGAUACCGAAAUGCCAUCGAAACCUAAAGUUGAAAGAGAAAUAAAAGUCAAGGACAUAGAUGUACCAGCAAUCACAGUUCUGGAGGUUAAAUCAAGAACUCUUGAUGUUGGAAAACCUACUGCGGGAAUCAAAACACCAGAAAUUCCUAAAAUUGGAAAAACAACAGACAUAAAAACACCCGAAUUGAAGAUUAAAAAAGGAAAAGCACCCAAGGGAUCUGCUGGUAUCGAAUUCGACAUAAAGGAAAAGGUUUCCGUUGAAAUUCCAUCGGUUUCCGUGCCGAGUGUUGAUAUCAAAAUUCCAUCGGUUCCUAAACUGGAGGGUCACGUCCGAGACAAAGACACUGAAUUACCAUCUGUCAGUGUACCGGAGGUUAAAACACCAAAGCCUGAUGUCGAAAUUCCUAAAACUGACGUCAAGACAACCAAAUUUGACUUAUCGGAUAUUAAGAUACCAGGAUUUAAAGGAAAAAAAGAUAAAAAAUCAAAACAAACUCCCGAUUUCGAUAUUAAAGUCGAAGAUAAGAUUUCGGUUGACAUUCCAUCUGUAUCUAUACCUAGUGUUGACAUCGAAAUGCCAUCGAAACCUAAUGUUGAAGGAGAAAUAAAUGUCAAGGACAUAGAUGUACCAGCAAUCAAUGUCCCAGAGUUGAAAGCACCAAAACUUGAUGUUGAAAAACCUACCACAGGAAUUAAAAAACCCGAAAUUUCUAAAUUUGGCAUUACAACAGACGCCAAAACUCCCGAGUUAAAGAUCAAAAAAGGAAAAGCACCCAAAGGAUCUGCUGAUAUUGGAUUCGAUAUAAAGGAAACGGUUUCCGUACCAAGUGUUGAUAUUAAAACUUCAUCGAUUCCUCAACUGGAGGGUCUUGUCCAAGACAAAGGCACCGAAUUACCAUCGGCCAGUGAAGUUGGAAUCAAAACAACCGAUGUUUCCAUCGAAAAUAUUCCGGAUCCGGACAUCGAUGAACGAAUACUAACCCAAGAGUCAGAAUAUGUUGAUAAAGUAGAAUCAAAUCAAUUGGUAAGUCCAAUCACAAAUUCUCCAUCAUUUUUAAGUAAAUUGCGAAAAGGUCUGAAAAUGACUACAUCCAAGACGAGCAAAAAAUUAAAAGACAAGGGUGAUACCGAAACCUUAGAAUCAGACGAUACAACGAAAUCUUUAUUGAACGAUUUUAUUGAAAAAGAACGGGAGAGCACCGUUGUACAUUAUUUACCAGCAACUGAUAAUAAUUCUGGAAUCGACGUUUUUGGAUACGAAGAAAAUUCAAAAACACCAAUUAAAGAACCAAAAUCUGUUGUGCCGCAAAAUAAUGACAAAUCCGAUGGUACCGAAAUAUUUAAGCCUUUAACACCUGAAAUGCUGAUCAAUCAAACGGGUACGGUCUCCACGUGGAAAUCACGAAAGGUUGUUAGACGCAUCAUUAUCAUCGAUGGAAAAGAAAUUGAGGUAGAAGAGAUAAUUGAUGAGCCUGAAAAUGGUGCACCGGUUAAAAGUAUUUUGAGAAAAACAAUCAGGAACGGCGAGGAAGUAAUUGAAAAUAUUACCGAUCCAGAGGAAAUUGAUAAGAUCUUACGGUUGUCUGUACUCAACGAUAACGUAAAGAAUACUAGUGAAAGUGUAACAACUACAAGAACGCGUAGAAUCAUUAGGCGAACAAUUAUUGUCGACGGAAAAGAGUCUGUAGUAGAAGAGGAAAUUGACGAGCCCGGUACUGAUAAAAUAUCAGAGUCUAGUAUUAUUGAGCCUUUUGAUAGUCGAAAUGCUUUUCUUCAAUUUGAAAGGGAUAAUUGUGACCUUGUUCUUGUUAAUGAGAGUAAGUGUAUGAAACCAAAUGUUAUUGAUCCCGUUGAGAACUCUCUACUAAAGUCUGGUUUAAAGAAAAUUGUAUUAACGAAGGUGAUAAAUGAUAGCGGUAGAAUGAAUUUUGUGAUGGAAAUGGUUGAUGAUCAAACACCAAAAGGAAAAACGAUAAGAUUAACUGACUUGUCUACAUCUUCCCAUCAGCUUAAUAGUUUAAAAAAUAAUAUUUUAAGAUCAGACAACAAAAAUAAAUAUAGAAUGUAUUCUAUAUUCUUUGAGGAUAUUUGGGAGUUAUUGGAUGUUAUCACAUUCUACUUCACUAAACAUAAACGAUUCAGUGAUGCUGACUUGGAAUUUUGCUUGGAGGAACCUAUAAACUCAAAACCAAUUCUAAAUCAAAUUGAAUCAGCCAUUAAAGAAGUAUCUAACAUAAAAGAAAAACAUACAAGUUCAAAUGAUGAAUUUGAACAAAUUAAAUCGAUGAUAGAAAAACUCCAAAAUAAAACGAAAGAAGUUAGACGUCAAAUUGAUACUUUCAACGAUGAUGCUAAUUUAGUGGAUUGGCAGAAUCAAAUAUUUGCAAUUGAAAAUGUUCAUAAGAAAAUAGAUCAAUUUAAAUCAGAAUUUGAACAAUUAAAAAAAGGAAAAUCAUCAUAUGAAGAAAAACUUCAAAAAUUGGAAAUACUAUCCGCUCAUAAUCAAUUAGUCAUUGAAGAAUUAUAUGAUAUUAUAAGUAUUUACAAACUGACAUGCAACUCAAAAAAUAAAUUACCAGACGACAUAUAUAAAUUUUUAAGAACUGCGAUCAAGCUGGAUAAAGAAUUGGGAAAUACAACCAAAUUUAUUAUUGAUGAAAUCGAAAAAGAUAACUUCACCAAUUUUAACUCUAAACAGUUAGAAUUGGUGUGUAGACCUGUAAACAAUUCUAAUGAAAAUAUAAUUAAAUAUUAUAACAUCAAACAUAUUCUGGAGGACCUUGACAAAUAUCACAACGUUACUACAAAACUGAUAAAAUUAAAAACUUUAUCGGAAUCUCAGAAACCCGAUAAAAACUUAAUAAAACAAUUGGAAACGGAACUGAAUAAUACGCAGUUAAACAUAAAAAAACUUCUAUCCAUUCAGAAUGAGUGGACUCGUUUAGAAGAUAUUUUAACGGCGGAACAAAAAUGGUUAGAUGAAGUUGGAGUAUCAAUUCUUGACCUCACGAAAAUAACGUCAAUAAAUUACGUUCAAACACUAUCUAACACACAAAAUACAAUCACAGAUGUAGCUAUUCAUUUCGACAAACUUAUAUAUUUGAAGGACAUUAUAGAAAAAAUCCAGAAUCAAAUUGAUGUGAAACCGCUAUUGUAUGUUUGUGAACAGCAUACAAAUGAUACAUUCAAAUUGAAAAAUAAUUUAAGGGCAAAAGAAAUACGCUUGAUAACAUUCAAGAAACAAUUUGACAAGUAUAGUGAACUCAAGAACAACGUUGAGUUGAGUUUGUCACGCAUUACAUCAAAUUUGGAAGAUAUUACACCAAAUCGAGAAAUCGUCGAGAACAAUAUAAUUCGAUCCGAGUUGGAGAUUGUAGAAGAAUCUGUAAGAACUUGUUCUGAUAGUUUAAAUGAAUCACUCGAUAUUCUGCCUAUCUCCGAUGGACAAAGUGAAAUCGAAACCAUGGGAUCACUUGCGACAGAAUGUAAGGCAUUAAAAGAUAAACUGCAUAAAACAAGGUCUACUGUGGACAACUGUGAUGUUUCAAAAAUAUUUAAACACCUUGAAACUGCUUUAGAAAAACCAAAAGACACAUUAUUAGACCAUAUUAAGACACUCAAAGGUGUUUCGUACGAAUUAAGCGCCAUCGAAAGCCUUGAGAACAAUGGCCAACAAUUAAGCUCCUUCCAAAGCCAAUGCAACAGCCAACUAAAAGAUUAUUCGAAUUUAAAUGGCAAAAUUGAAACUUUGCGUAAUACUCUAUUCGAGCUAACUAACGACAUAAACAAUUCUGAUUUCACUUUGUCAGAAUUGGAAAACGAAUCACAUAAAGACAGGCACACUUCCGAAACAGCAAUAUGCAAAACGUACCAUCAAAUUUCGGACAACAUGAAAAACAUGCAACAAACGCUGUCAUCGAUUUCUCAACAGUUAAAACAAUUAAAAGAUGGUCUUAAGCACUUUAAAAAAGACAGAAAAUCGUUGGAAUCCGAAGUUAAUGAAGUUGAAAAACAGUAUAAACAAUUAAAAACAAAACAUCAAAGUGUACUUAAAACGUUGGAAAAUAAAUGCAACUAUUGGACAAUGGUCGACGAACUGUUACUAAAAAUUAGAAUAAAAAAUAACCAUAUAAACAAUUUGACUAUAAUUCCACUGGACUCAGACACGCUAGCGGGCAAACAUUUAGAAGCAAUAUUGAAGCACCUCAAGGAUGUACGCAGCUCUUAUGAUAAAGAGAAUAAAGCUAUUUUGGCUGACAUCGAAUCCCUACGUAGAAAAGGAGACAAAGAGCAAAUCGACGAAAUAAUUGACGGCGAUCAGACGCAAUGGAACGACACCGGUGUGGCCGUUAAACAAUUGGUAGAACGUUAUGAAAAGGCAUCGAAAACGCUACACAGUUAUCAACAACUAAGAGAAUCUACAAAUGAUUGGUUGAAUGGUAAACUUUUGUUGAUUGAAACUACUGAAGAUGUAUCGGAUAAGACAAAGUCAAUUGAUAAACAACAAGAAAAUCUGGUCGAAUUACGGAACAUGAUAACGGACGUGGCCGAAACCAUUGGACUAAAUCCAGAUGACGUGCCGCUGAACGAAAUCGAAGAACUGAGUUUGAAACUAGAGAAAGUCCAAAAAGUUCUCGCCGCACUCGGAGAUGUUGCGGACAAAAAGAACAAAGUGUCGGACGACAUCGAAGAUGCAAAACGACUUUUGCAUGAUAUCGAAAAAAAUUCAUCAAAAUCCAUCAAGAACAAUGACGAGAACCUAAAAGAAUUAAGAACUAAAUUAUUAGACUUGAAUAAAUCGAAAAAAGAGAUGGACGAAUCUUUUGACAUUGAUAACUUUGAAAUACCUCUAAGUGAAAAACGAACAUACUCUAUAAUCGAAGUAUUCCAGCUCUGGCAACAAAUAUUCAAAGAAACUUUCAAUCAAUAUCGUAGAUUAUCGUGUUCUUUACUUGAAAACGAAAACAAUGUCGCUGUAUUUGAACUAUGGCACGACUAUUUGAUGUAUGUACAAGAAUUUUUAAAAUCCCCUGUUCCGGGUGACUACCAUUCACUAACAAGUCAUGAACGACUUUGUCAAGUACACCAAGAAGUGUUGAUCAGUCAGAUGGAUACUAUACCCAAUUGUAUGAAUAAGCCAGAUAUCAUAUCUGAGCCAGCAGCAUUGGAAAGAUUUACAUCUUUGAUGGAUUUGCACAAUGAAACCAUAACAGACCUCGAAAACAUUCAUCAAGAAGUGUGGACCAAACUAGGCCACUGGAAAGAAUACCGAACAAAUGUUAAAAAGGUAUAUGAGUGGCUAUGGAAGGUUGAAAAAGUUCAUUCAAAUUUAAAUCUUAAAUUCAUCAACACCAGAAGGCUGCCACAACUAAAAUCUCAAAUAAAUAAUCUAUUAAAUAGUUUGGCUGUGGAACGUUCCCAAAUCGAUGACUUGGAAAAACGUCAAAAUACCAUUUUUGCAUUUUGUGAUAAGCCUACGGAAACCGGCUACAGAAAAGAACUGAUAGCGAUUAGUCAACGAGUCAACGAGAUCCAGGCAUCGUUAGAAGUUUGGAAUGGAUACCUAGAAAACGUAGAAAAACUUAUCACCUCCUUUGACGUUCAAAGCAUGGAAAUAGAUCAAGUAUUGCAAGAUGUGCAAACUAAACUUGUUACACUAAAACGUGAAUUUGGUUCUAACGAGGAUAUAGUGCCAUCUGAUAAACUAAAGUCAGAGUCUAAUAAAAUAGAGGAAUUAAAUAACAGCUUGAAACAAUUAGAUCCACAACUCACGUCUACUACUGAUAUACGAGAAAAGUUAAAAGAUUCAUUAGAUCCUAUAGAAAUUCGUUCAUUUGGACAAAAACUUAGAUUUUUAGUAUAUCACCAAAAAGAUUUACAAUAUCAAUUGUUUUUGUACUCAUGUCAAAUAGACAAUUUGUUAUAUAAACCGCAAGAAUUCACUCAUAGAUACACUAGAUUUAGGAACUGGGCUGUUGAUACCGAAACUCAGUUGAAAAAUUUAACUAAAUCCUUGAAAGAUCCACAAUUCGCUAUUGAUGUGUUGAAACCCGAAUUUGAAUCUCAGAUUAAUUCUAAACAAAAAGAAUUUAAUUGGUUGAACGGAGCUGGUAGUCAACUAAUUAAAGCAGAAUCGCAACUGAAUCCUCAAUUAGCAAAAACUACUGAAUCAAACUUAAAAGAAAUCAAUGAAAACUGGAAUAAUUUAAAUAGUUCAUUGUACAAAUAUACUGUCGAAUUACCUACAACCAUUUUGAAUACAAAUAAAUUAUUCGAUAAAAUCAAUAUCUUCAAAAUUUGGAUCAGCGACUUUGAAUCAAAAAUAAACAGCCCAAUCAUUUUUAACGAUCGUUCAGAAUACAACUUAAAAGAAGAAUUGAAAUCUUUAGAUGCAUUGAGUAAUAUGUAUAAAGAAAAGCAAGGAGAAUAUAAUGAAUUAAUGGCUAAUUGUACUGAACAAUUAAAAAAUGAUAAGAGCACAAAUGAUUCUGAUACUACUCAAGAUUUGCAGUGUCCGUCGAAGACAUUACCGAUCAGCUGGAAGAACCUAGAAAACAAAAUUAGUGACAAACGUGUUCGGGUAUUAAACGCAUGGGAGGAACUGCAAACCAUACUUGGUUUAAUCGAUGUAGAUACCAAAUGGCUGAGUCGGUUAAAUAUUGCCGUUGAAGAACAUAAAAAAAAGAAAUUUAUAGAACAUAAAAGUUUGUCUGGAUUAAUCAGUAAUUUUGAACAGGAACAACAAACCGCAAAAGACAAGUUUUCUAAGUUAGAACUUGCUGUGUCUAUAUCUCGUUCUACAUAUUUUGCUAAGUUCAUUGACGAAGAAAUAGAAAUAAUUAGUAGAAAUCGAAAUUCUCUUUUGGAACAAAUCGAUAUGAUACUUAUCGCUCUUAAGAAAUCGUUAACAUUGUGGAAAGAUUUCGUCAAUGCACAUGGAAGAGCGGUAGUGACCCUGACCCAAGUCGAUACCAAACUAAUUCAACUCGAGUUGUUAGAAAAAGGUGAUAAUGUUGAUGAAGGAAGUGCUCGUGUUAUGGAGAAAGACCUUGGAAAUUUGCAGAUAUUAGAAAUGGAGUUAAAAAAAUACGGAGGACUUCUCGAGAAAGCAGAUGCACUAGGUCUACAAUUGAUGACUAAUAGUACUCCGGAGGAUAUAAAAAAUAUUCAAGAAAUGAUUGACGAGUACCAACUUUUAUGGAAGGAUAUCAACAAUCGUAUUGAAAAAUUGAAGGUGACGUGUGUUCAAGAAACUUCGUGUAGAAAGAAGCGGUCGGUAAACGAAGAAGUUCAAGUAGAAACAUUAAAGUUUGGCAAAGAUUCACAAGUGCAAGUCGACACUCUUCCUACCGAAUUGCUCAGAAAAGACUCAUUCCAAUACGAAUUACAAACGGCGAUAGCGAACGCUAAUACCAACUUAAACGAGUUAGAAUUAGCUAUACAAAAAUCCGACAAGAACUUGUCGAAAAAUAUUGCGACGUGUCAAAUGUCCAUAGACCUGAUCAAACAUCUCAGCGUCAUAUUAAAAACACAGUGUGGAGUAUCAGAGUCUGAUAUAACCAUAGUCAGGUCUGAAGAGUUAUUGACCAAGUACGAGGAACUUCUUGUCAAAUUCCGAUCACAGCAGCAAGUCGGUCAACCAAAAACUAGCAGUUCGGUGAUGUGUCCACUGUGCUCCGAACAAAACUGGUCACAGUUCGAGAACGACAUGUGGCGCUUAGAACACUGGAUACAGUCAACCGAAGCUAAGCUCAGCGUCCAACCGAUGGUACCACCAUCGAAGAUCGAACAGCUAGAAGACGUCAUACAGGAGCACAGGGAACUCCUAUUGUACUUGGACAGUCACCGCAAUAUCGUGCAGUCGUUGAACGUGAUUGGCCACCACUUGGCCGAGCACAGCAACGACGCGGAAAGAGCAGCUCAGAUCAAAAAGCGUUUAUCUGCUACCAACUCCAGAUGGGAUCGUGUCUGUUUUGCGUGCACAGAAUGGCAGACCAAACUGCAAACUGCGCUUAUGGAGAACGAGGAGUUUUACGGCGUUAUUGACGAGCUCGUCGAUUGGCUAGAUGAGACGGAACGAGCGAUCAAAACGACCGAGCCGGUGGACCUGGCCGAGGACACGGUUAUCAUAGCGGACAAAUUCAACAAGUUUAAGAACAUGCACGCGGAACUGGAGAGGUGCGAACCACGAGUGGUAUCGCUGCUCGAGGCGGCCGACUGGCUACGACAGGCAAACGAAAAAACCGGCGUCACGGCGCACUCAGCCUCCACAUCCGAUCAGACCAUCGUCGACUCUCACGCUAGGCUGUCACACCUCAGGGCCCGUCUCACGGUGUUGAUAAACAUGACGGCCAGCUACGCGACGAAACUUGGCACCACUUUGGGCUACGACAUGACGCCGGACAGCGUUUGCAUAAGACUCCACCAGGUGGACGAUACCAGCACUGCUAUGAAUCGAUCCAACGAAGAAGAACCGAACACAAAUGUUGGCGGAGAUGAGACGGUGCUGAGACGCGGCUACAGAUUCUUCGGCCGGGUGAUGCGGGCGUCGCUGCCUUUCCAAGUGCUGAUGCUGCUGGUCCUGGGCGCCGCCUCUCUGGUACCAAUCGUCGACGAGGAGUUCAGCUGCAUGGAGUCCAACAGCAUCGCCUGGAGCCUUUACCCGUUACUCCGCUACCCCGGGGGACCGCCGCCGGUGUAGAGCGACCCCGAGAUGACCACCACCCCACCACAAACACACCCCACAUACAAUAAUACGUGCCCCCCUCCCCCCCACCACAAUCACCCAUAUCGAUCAAUACCAUAUUAUGAUCAUUAUUGUCAUUAUUUUUACAUAUUUCCUUUCUUAAUCCAUUGUUACUAUAUCAUUAUUGUAAUUAUUAUGUACUAUUAUUUUUAAACGCACGCAUACAUACGCCCCCAGUUGAAAUCUUUUAUGACGUCAGGUACCUAUAUUAUAUUAUUCGUAUUUACCGUUGUAAUGUUUAAUAUUUAAGUUGUAAUAUUGUUCGGGGUAUAUACCUCAUAAAACACGGUUGGCGUCUCGAUGUACGAAUAGCGACAACGCCGAUUAACGCCUAACCUAUCCCCUUAGAUUAUUAUGUCUGUUUUCAAAAUGUAUUGUAGACACACGAGAGAUAUUGUCAUGUAAAACGAACGCUUUAAACAUUUCCCAAGUUCGUCCCUCCGAUGCAGUGCUUUGAGAACACUUUUUAGUUUUUACAGCGUACCGGCUGCCGUUGCCGACGAUGAUUAUUUUGUUAUUGUUGUUGGUAAUUUAGUGCAGCUCGUUCGCCAAUAAUAAUAUUAUAUAGUAAUAUUGACGGUAAUUUGUUUAUUAGUUUUUCACUCUAAUUAAAAAUGAUAUACGACGUUAAAUCAAAAUGAAACUAAGAUGAUAUUAUAAUAAUACGAGACUGUCAAAGUGCAGGGUACGAAAAAAAAAUAGUCGUUAAUUUAUUGACAAAUAGUUGAAAACAAAAAUACCUAUAUAUAUAUUUUCUGUGUUCAUUGUUGAAAAAAUAUUAAUACAAAUUGAUUGUGAACACGUGUGAUUUGUACGUUUUAAAAUUACUGUCAAUUUAUUAUUGAUUAUAUUAAUAUAUAUUCAUGUAUAUUCAUUA